GGUGCGGCUGAAAGGGGUGCCCGUCAACAACGUGGACCGCUCCGUGGGUGGCAUCCUGAGCUUUGAGGUGAGUAAGAAGUACGGCGCCAAGGGCCUGCCGGAGGGUACGUUGCAGGUUGGCUUUCUGGGCAGUAGCGGCCAGUCGUUUGGGAACUUCCUGGCGCCAGGCAUCACUUUCCAGCUUGAGGGAGACGCAAACGACUACAUUGGAAAGGGGCUGAGCGGAGGCACCAUCAUUGUCUACAAGCCCAAGCAGGCGACCUACGCCUCCCAGGACAGCAUCAUCGCGGGCAAUGCAGCGCUCUACGGCGCCACAUCUGGCAAGGCCUUCUUCGCCGGGGUCGCGGCGGAGCGCUUCGCGGUCCGGAACUCCGGGGCGCAGGCGGUGUGCGAGGGAGUGGGCGACCAUGGGUGCGAGUACAUGACUCGAGGCACGGUGGUGGUGCUGGGGGCCAUGGGUGCGAACUUCGCUGCGGGCAUGAGCGGGGGCGUGGCCUUCGUGCUGGACCUGGAGCCGGCGCUUUGCAACGUCUCCCAGGUGCAUCUCGAGCAGAUCACCGACGAGGACGAGACGGAGCUCCAAGCCCUGAUCACGGAGCACGAGCAGCUUACAGGGAGCCUGGUGGCCAAGGAGCUCCUCAAGAAAUGGCCGGAGACCUUGAAGCGAUUCACCAAGGUCUUCCCCAAGGAGUACAAGAAGGCGCUGAUGGCCUUGAAGAGCAAG